AUGUCGGUCGACGCAGACGCGGUUCGGGGUGAGCACGAGCGCGUGACAGCCCGAACGCCCCCGAACGGUGAUCACUUCGGGUCGGUUUCGGCUGACGGCCAGCUCGGUGACGUUAGCGCACCAUCAAGCACGGCAGUAGCAUCGACGGGUUCGACCGCGACAGUGCCGCCGAUUGGAAGUGCGCCACCACACGCUGUUAGCAACGGGGUCAGCAAUCCGCAGCAUCAGCAGCAUCAGCCGCAGCAGCAACAGCAGCAGUUGGCAAACGCUCUCAACAACAACGUCGGCGAGGGCAGCUCACCGGGUGGUGAAGCUGGUGGGUUGAGGCGGCCAGAGUUGAAGGACACGCGCGGUGCUCCACCGGUGCUGGUGCGCAGCAAGGAGUCUGUAUCGCCGUUACCAGUGAAGCGCCCCGGUGCGGUCAACGCCGGUACUAGUGGUGUGGGGUCGCGCGAUCCGAACAACAACCCGCCGGUAGCGGGGGAGGCGGGACCGCGCAGCCCCGGUACACUUCCGCCCACGCAAUCAACCGGCCACGGGCCACCGCAGGCCGGCAAUCCCAACCAACCAACGCGCCCGCUCGGGGGCAUCCGGGGGCGUAAGGGAGGCGGCUGGAAGGCACGCCCAGCUGACAGCGAGUCCUUCGGGAACGCGCUCAACUCGCCGACGGACGAGGACGGGGAGCUGCCCGGUGGCAGCCCUGCCCCAGUCCGGCGUCAGCCCAUCAACGUUAAUCCGGUCAUAACGCGCGACAAGCUCGUAGGCGUUGGUGGCGUUGGUGGUGGUGGUGGUGGUGCAGUAGGGUCCAGUGGAGGCGUCGGCGUCGGUGGUGGUGGUGGGUGGGGUGCACGGCAGCGGGGAGCCGCAGUCGAGCGAAACAGCCGCAUCCAAAGCCCCAGCCCGGCAACCGGAAGUGCGAGUGGCGCGAGUGGUCCAGGUGCCGGAAGUGCAGGCGCAAGUGGAGCGGGAGGGCCACCGGGGGGUACAGUGGGCGGCGGGGUAGCGCCGCCGCCGAUGGACGUCGGAAGCGAGGGCACCGCGCCACAACCCGCCGUCUCCACCACCAACGGUCCACCGGGUCCGGUUAAACGGAGCCAGUCGCGGAGUGACGUCCUGGACGCGGACGCCGUGCCAGGACCUUCCGGGCUUUUGCCGAGCAACCCGGGCGUACCGGGCACCAUCGGGGGCAAUCCGCAGUCACGCUACUCAAACCUGUCGUUCUGGAAGGCACGGCGGGUGCUGUUCUACCGGAAUGGCGAUCCCUUCUUUCCGGGCGUCGAGUUCCGGUUCAAGCCCGGCCGCGACAUCUGCACGCUCGAGGCCCUGCUCGACAAGAUCUCGGCCCGGAUGGAUCUGCCCCGGGGCGCCCGCUACAUAUUCUCGAUGGAUGGCGACCGCAAGUACUCGCUUGACGAGCUGGAGGAUGGCUCCAGCUACGUCGUGUCGUCGUUCAAGGUGUUCAAGCCUGCCAGCUACGGCAAGAAGAACGGCGUGUGGUACGCCUCACCUGGCAACCAAGGAUGGGGCAGCGGGGCGGGACCGGGCAGGUUGGGACGCAAGCCCUCCGUCACCGAGGUGGACAACAUGCCCUCCGGCAGCCUGAAACCGAGCGCCGGUCGUGUCAUUAGAAUAAUCAACAGUCAUGAUCACAGCGUACAGUGCCGCGUGCUGCUGAACCUGCGCACGUCACAACCGUUCGAGGAGGUGCUGGAGGAUCUCGGCCAGGUGUUGAAGAUGAUCGGAGCCAAAAAGAUGUAUACCAGCAACGGGCAGGAGGUUCGCAGUUUCUCGCAGCUACGCAACGAGUUCGCCGAGGUUGAGACGUUCUACCUGAGCAACACACCGUCUCUGCCGGUGGGAGCGCUUGGACCGGGUGUUAUUCCACCAUCACCAGGACGUCGCUCUCGGUCGCGGCUUGGCGGUUCGGUUCCAGAUGAUCUGUCGAAGACGACGGCUCGGCAGAGGGCUCGCAGUAAGAGCCGCCCGCGGGUGCUGUAUGCGCCCGAGAAUGAGCUGGUGAGGGCGUCGUCGGACUAUCCGCUGCUGGAUGCGAUGAAGGAGGAACCGACACGCAUCACCAUACGUGGGUUGCGACGCACGUUCUAUCCACCGGCGCACCAUCCGCCGAUAGACAACGCACCGCCGGACAAGAAGCUGUCGCUGUUCUGGGUACAUGGUUACCGCGGCAUUGACUCCAAGCGCAACCUUUGGGUGUUGCCAUCUGGCGAACUACUCUACUACGUGGCUGCCGUCGCCGUGCUGUACGAUCGAGAAGAGGACGCCCAACGCCAUUACACUGGCCACACUGAAGACAUCAUGUGCAUGGAAGUACAUCCGUCCCGGGAGCUGGUCGGGUCAGGUCAGCGAGCCGGCCGUGACCGGAAGUCACAGGCACACGUGCGCAUCUGGAGCACCGAGUCACUGCAGACGUUGUACGUGUUCGGCAUGGGUGAGCUGGAUUCGGGUGUGAUUGCGGUCGCCUUCUCGCAGCUGAACGGUGGCAGCUACAUUCUGGCGGUGGAUGCCGGCCGUGAGAGUAUCCUGUCCGUCUGGCAGUGGCAGUGGGGUCACCUGCUUGGCAAGGUGGCGACACUGCAAGAGGGCAUUUGGGGAGCUACAUUCCAUCCGCUUGACGACAAUCUGCUCAUCACGCACGGCCGUGGACAUCUGGCGUUCUGGCACCGACGGAAAGACGGCUUCUUUGAGAAGACGGACAUCAUCAAACCGCCAUCCCGGACGUUCGUGACCUGCGUACAGUUCGAACCAGACGGCGAUGUCAUCACGGCGGACAGUGACGGUUUCAUCACAAUCUACAGCGUGGACGCUGACGGGGCGUACUUCGUGCGCAUGGAGUUCGAAGCUCACAACAAGGCCAUCAGCUGCCUAGUGAUGCUGUCCGAAGGUACACUCAUUUCGGGCGGCGAGAAGGAUCGCAAAAUUGCGGCUUGGGAUUCGCUUCAGAAUUAUAAGCGCAUCACGGACAUUAAGCUUCCAGAGUCAGCGGGAGGUGUUCGCUCUAUCUACCCCCAGCGACCUGGACGUAAUGACGGCAACAUCUAUGUCGGCACGACGCGUAACAACAUCCUAGAAGGCUCGCUACAGCGACGCUUCAACCAGGUCAUUUUCGGCCACGGCAAGAACUUGUGGGCGCUGGCAGCCCAUCCAGACGACGAGGUGUUCGCGACCGGUGGGCAUGACAAGUACGUCGCCCUAUGGCGUCGCCAGAAACUCAUCUGGACGACAUCGGUUGGGUACGAGAUCAUCGCUCUGGCGUUCCAUCCAUACGGGGCUGCUUUAGCCGCUGGAAGUUCUGAGGGCCAUCUGAUCGUGAUCAACGCUGAGAAUGGCGCAACAAUGCUGACGAUCCGCGUCUGUGGGUCACCGCUAAAUGCGGUCGAGUUCAAUCAAGUUGGAGACAUGAUAGCGAUCGGAUCUCAAAACGGUAGCAUCUAUCUGUUCCGGGUGUCUCGGGAUGGGUUCUCGUACAAGAAGAUCAACAAGAUACGUGGCUCGCAGCCUCUAACGCACCUCGACUGGAGCAGCGAGGGCAACUUCCUGCAAUCUGUAACGGUCGACUUCGACCUACUGUUCUGGGACGUCAAAUCGCUGUCACCAGAGAAGAGCCCGAUCGCUAUGAAAGACGUCAAGUGGUUGAGCAGCAACAGCACCGUCGGCUUCCUGGUAGCCGGUCUCUGGAACAACCGCUACUACCCAGCACCCUCAAACACCGUCAUCACAACGACAGCUCGCACCGCCGCUCAGGAUCUAGUAGCGGCCGGUGACGGUGACGGCUACCUGCGCCUGUUCCGCUAUCCGUGCAUCACACCACGCGCAGAGUUCACCGAGGCGAAGGUCUACUCCGGUACACUAGCCUGCGUCAAGUUCCUGUACGGCAACCACAGCCUGGUGACGGUCGGUGGCACCGACGCGUCACUUAUGAUCUGGGAGCUGACCGAAGAAUAG